UGCCUGAUUGUUGAUUUUUUGCUAAAUUUUUCUCAUACAUGCGAAAUACAUUGCACAUAUUUUGUGAUAUUCGAGUUUUGAUUUUUGUGAACCCGGCACAAGCUAAGAAUCCGUUCUGGAGCAUACGCCGGAAAACAAACCUCAUUCCUUUUUUCCAUUGCACAUAUAUUAAAGAAGCUUCAAAAGCAAUCCUACCUGAGCAUACUAAAUUUAAAUUUACAUUAAUAUUUAAGUAUGCCUAAAGUGGUUUCUAGGAGUGUUAUAUGUUCUGAUACUAAAGAUCAGGAAGAAUACAAUGAAGAUAAACCUUUGAACGUGUAUUAUUGCUUAUGUGGUAACAUAGCUCUAAUUUUAGAUUGUGUUAUUGAAAGACUACCUGUUAGACCUCGAGAUGGUGCAAAAGUUAUUGAUGGUGCAAAACAUGCCCAUAAGUUAACUUGUGAAAAGGGUGAAGUAGUUUACUUAAAAAGAGAGGAAGGAGUUGAAAAGCAAUUUAGAAAAAAAUGUAAAAAAUGUGGAUUAACUCUUUUUUACCAGCAUGAACCAGAAAGUAAUAUCACAUUCAUUAUAAAAGGUUCCAUAUGUAAGACUAGUGGUGGACCUUCUCAAGCAACAGCUUAUCCACAAGUUCCAGAACCGAAAAAGAUUAUGGUAACCAAACAUACAAAGAAUAUGGGAAAAUUCAGUUCUGUCACUGUUUCCACGAUAGAUGAAGAAGAAGAAGAAAUAGAAGCGAGAGAAGUAGCUGAUUCUUAUGCAAACAAUGCCAGAAUUAUAGAAAAACAACUUGAAAGAAAGGGAAUGUAUAAGAGAAAAUCCUUGGAACAGGGCCCAUAUAUUAGUCCAGAGCUGAAGAAGAAACCAAGAGGAACACUGAUAGACAAAUGAUAUUUCUGUAAUAUUAAAUCAUUGUACAUAAUGCAUGUUAAAAUAGAACAUUCAUUGUUUAUUAUUUUUCCAUAUUCAUUUAUAUAUUUAAAU